AUGUUCAAUCUGAUCCUCGAGCGAUGCGUCGCCAUCUUGCAGGACCACCUCGACGCCCGCGACAAAGUGGCGGUAGCGACGACGACGCCUGCGGCCGGCGGCAAUUUACCGAGCGACGCACACGUCCUGCUGCCCGCCGUCAAGAUCUGGUGCGACUGGAUGAUGUGUCACACAGAAGUGUGGAAUCCGCCGCCGUCCACGCAGGAUUUCAAGAUCGGGUGUCCGGGAGAUGCCUGGAGCAGAUUGGCAACUCUCAUGAAUUUGCUGGAAAAGGCGGAUCAACCUGCUACAGCAAGUUUCAUCGAAAAUCCCGAAGAAGUUUGUGAUAGCAUCUUGAUGCGCCAGGUGAAAUUGUCGGGUUCGGUCAAAUUCCCAGACGGUUCAUUUUCGAAGGACACCGUCCUCACCGGCUUCACGCCGCUCAUGAAGCGCAAAUCGGCCGCCCCCGCCUAUGCGCCCGCCCACCUCGACCCCGACCUCGCGCACUCCGCUCUGCGCAUCUCUCGCCUUCUCUUCUUCGGCACGAUGUUCCUGUGCGGCCUGGAGCCGCCCGUGCUCAAGCUCGAGAUCGAAGACGGGCGCCGGGAGUACGUUUCGGUGGUGAGCCAGUCGACGGGCGGCCGAGGGUCGCCCGCGGUAGCCGCCCUUCAGUCGGAACAGAACAAUGACGUCUUGUUGGAGAGUUUCAGCGAAGACGAAGAAGAUGAACAGAAAGAACAAAUAACGGCGAACGCUUCCAAUGAGAUUAGGGAUCUCUUGACAAGAAAAGUGGAGUUGGAGAAACGACAGAGGAGUCAGGACUUGCAUAUGCAAAGGGUGAAGAAAAUCCUGAGCCAGUCUGUGGUCAGCGUCCAUAUGGAGAUACGGCCGAAGUAUUUGGUACCUGAUACCAAUUGUUUCAUCGAUCAUCUUGAUGGUAUCCUUACCAUUGCCCAGUCGAACUGUUACACCCUCAUGGUCCCUACCGUCGUCCUGAGCGAGUUGGAAGGCCUGUCGCGCGGCGGUCGCUCCCCCCUCCCAGAAUCGCGCCGCCACCGCCCUCUGGACCCGCAACACGUCAAACGCGUCGCCAUGUGCGCCAAAUCGGCGCUCGACUUGCUGCGCCAACGCCACUCGGCCGUCAAGUGCGUGACGACGAAGGGCGCCGUUUUGGCGUCGACGGCCUUCUGCACCGAAGAGGACGACGACGGCGGGGCGGCGGACGGGGACGGCGGGGCGAGAUGCAACGACGACAAGAUACUGAGCACGUGUCUGGUGGUGCUGCUCACCGACGACAGGAACCUGCGCGUGAAGGCGCACGCGCACGACCUGCCCGUCCGAGAGCUGCCCGACUUCGAGGCGUGGGCGGGACUGGGAUGA